GUAAAAUUUAAGAGCCAAAAUCACACAAGUUUAUGACGACAGGGGGUUAACCGCAAUAUUACCCAACAGAAUUUCGAAGAAAACUGCAGGAAAUUUCUUCACAUUUUACCGCUCUUAACUUCAGAGUUCCCACCUGAAAGUCUUCGCCCUUCGUCUUAUGAGUCAACUCGGACUCAUGUAUUUACUUCAUUACACAUUCCUGGAGAAAUUUUAUCUGCGUCUGUUCUUCCAGAUUGUCCAGGCGGCACCAGCUUCUCUCAAAUCGAGUUCAGUUAAUUGUUUCAGGGCAGCAUUUGAGGGAACAUGGCGAAUAAACUUAUAGACCUUGGUUUGGGACCAGUACAUGGUUACAUUUCCCUUGAGAAGAAGAUGCAACAUGUUCAAAAAGAACUUGAUCAUUUGGCGUGUCGAUCAGGUGAUAUGAUCACGAGAGUACGAGGUGCACACUCACACCAGCAAAAGAAAAGGAAGAGGGCAGUUGAAGAGUUGUUUAAGGUAGUUGAGGAUAUAAAAAUAGAAUUUGAAUGCCUCAAAGAGCAAGCCCAGCAAACUAGCUUUUAUAAUAUUUAUGCACGUUGGAAGAUGGUGCAACAUGUUGAUAAAAUGAUUAAGGAACUUACAAAGCAGGGUGCAUCUCUGGAGAAGAUUUUGCCUGGUGGGCUGCUAGUAGAAACAGAGUGGCAAGGCCGAACAAUUGAAAUAAAUAUGAAAGAAAUCUGGGCUUGGCUUUUGAACGAUGGGAUCUCAAGUGUUGGAAUAUAUGGUAUGGGAGGGGUGGGCAAAACAACUUUAGCAAAACGUAUCUAUGAGGAUUUCGUCAUUGGAACUAAAUUCGCUGAUAGAGUUUACUGGGUUGCUGACCCACAAGAGGGCAGCAUCCAUAAAUUACAGGACAGUGUUGCCAAAGCCGUAAAUGUGGAUCUCUCAAAUGAGGAAGAUGAGAGGAAACGAGCAGCCAAAUUGUUCAUAGCAUUGAGCAGAAUGGAAGAUUUUGUGAUCAUAUUGGAUGAUGUUUGGAUCCCAUUUGACAUAAAUAAAAUUGGAAUUCCUUUAGGCUUAGAUGGAAGCAAGUUGAUAGUAACCAGUCGAUCAUUAGAAGUGUGUCGUCAAGUAGGUUGCCAAAAGGAAAUAAAAGUCGAACCUCUUUGCGAGAAAGAAGCUUGGACAUUGUUUCUGGAGAAACUUUGUCCUCCACAUGAACUUCCUUUGGAUGUAAAGGAGAUCGCGAAGUCUAUGGUGCAAAGAUGCGGUGGUCUGCCGCUCGGGAUUAUCACCAUUGCUGGACGGAUGAAGGGAGUGCAUGGCAUUCAUGAGUGGAGGGAAGUCUUAGAAGAGUUGGAAGGAUCUUUUGUUGGGCAAAAUGACAAUCUCUUUGAUAUCUUGCAUCUCUCUUUUAAUCACUUGAGAGAUCGGAGAUUGAAGGAAUGCUUCUUGUAUUGCUCUUUCUACCCUGAAAACUACAAAAUUCCAAGGGAUGAAUUGAUAAGAUUGUUGAUUUUGGAAGGACUCAUGGAUAAAAGAAGAUCGAGGCUAUCGUUAUUUGACCAGGGCCAUGUGAUACUGAAAAGACUUGAAAGGAUGUGCUUAUUGGAAAGUAAUGAUAGAGAAAUUGAAUGUGUCAAGAUGCAUUGUUUGAUACGAGAUGUGGCACUAAGGAUAAUAGACUCUGACAGUAAGUAUAUGGUAAAAUCUGGAAGAUGCUUGCAAUGCAUACCAGAUGAGAUUGAGUGGAAAGAGGAUUUGGAAAAGGUCUCAUUGAUAGAUAACAACAUAUCAUUAAUUCCGUCAGGCAUAUCACCUAAGUGCCCUAAACUUUCAAGCUUGAUUUUGGCGAGUAAUCAUUUAAGAUCGAUUCCUGAUUCAUUCUUUUCUCAUUUGAGAGCCCUCCGAGUUCUGGAUUUAAGCCGCAACUAUGACCUUGAAGUGCUGCCAAACAGUGUUUCACAAUUGAGUAACCUUAUUGCACUGUUGCUAUCUGAAUGUUACAGACUCAGUUUUGUACCGCCACUAGGGGGGCUCAAGGCAUUGAAGGAAUUAGAUCUAUAUCAUACUGCUAUUAAGAAUGUGCCUGAAGGCUUGGAAAGAUUGGUCAAUCUGAACUGCCUAAACAUUGAUAGUACAGGAUUAAGGACGAUUCCAGAUGGUACAAUAUGCAAACUCUCCCGUCUUCAAAGCCUCCGGAUUCCAGAAGAUGUGGAAGUCAGAGUAGAAGAACUAAAAGCAUUGAAACAUCUAGAAGAAUUUCAAGGUGGAUUUUAUGAUAUGGAUACUCUUUGUCAUUUUGUUCGAUAUCGCCAGAGCUACGAAACUCCCAUUUUUUAUACUAUUGAAGUGAGCCCAAGUCUAAGCCUGUUAUGGUUUCCAUCUCCAGUUCCAUGCCAAAUAAAUAACAAUGUGACACUUAGUGGCAUAGAUCUAGGAGGAGGAAAGAGUGCCAUAGUGCUGCCAGAGGACAUUCAACAACUAGCUCUAAUAAAUUGUCAUGGGCUAAGCGCCUGCUUAACCACUGCUUUCUCAUCGUUCAAUAUUCAAAGAAGAGGCUUGACUCUGUGUUUAAUUGACAAUUGUCCUGAACUGGAAUGCAUCAUGAAGGUGUCUUCUUCUGAAGACCAACUAGUUGGAGAGAUGAUUUUAUCUCCUUGGGCCCCACUGGAAAGCCUUGAGCAUUUGAGUCUCCAUUUGUUGCCAAAUUUUGUUGGACUCUUCAAAUGGGAAAUUGAAUUUGACCCUCCAUGUAGGAUUUUUUGCCAUCUAAAAUCAAUUACCAUCAGCAGGUGCAAUACAAUGACAACAAUAUUCACACCAUGUUUGCUGCAACACCUUCAAAAUCUGGAAGUGGUUGAAUUGCUGUUUUGUGAUCGAUUGGAAGAGAUAAUAGCUGACAAGGAAGGGGGCAAAGUACGUUCCAGUCUAAGUAACGGUGACCAACACUCUCUUAAAACCUUUGUCAACUUCCCAAGGCUUAAAAAGUUGACUUUACAACAUCUGCCAAAACUAAGGAGCAUCUGUGAGGGAAUAAUAAUCUGUGAUUCCAUUGAGAAUAUUAGGGUAAUAGGGUGUAAAAAUCUUGCAAGGAUGCCUCUGUCCUUUUCCAGCAUUGAUGGACAACCAAAUCCCUCCCCGCCCCUUAGAGCUGUUGAAAUCUUGAAUGAAGAGCUUGAGUGGUGGAAGUUGUUGCAAUGGAAAGAUCCUGGUUCAGGGAGUGUCAUACAACCUUUUGUUCAAUUUGUUGCUGAAUCUCCAGUAGUUUAAUCAAUGUCCCCUUCAAUCCUCAACUUUGCAGCACAGCAGCUGUUGUUGCUGGGAAGUGCAUGAGGAGAAUACUUGGAGCCUCUUUUGUGUUCAUCCGCAGUUGGAAAUAAAGUUUGUUAUUAUCUUAGAUUUCCUUGGAAUAUGCUCCAGUACCUCUCAACCACACCCAGGUUUCGCUUCUCUCAGGAAGCGAGCCUAAUAUAGAGCUGAACCAGCAUUUGCUGGAAGCCAACUUGGAUAUGCCAUCUAAGCAAUUAAGAGCUAUGGAUUGUUGAUCUGCCUUUUGGGCACUAAUUUCUCAACUCUCAUUGGCUUUCGAAUGUGUUGAGUUUGAACUUUCCUAUACUUAAGAAUUUAUCCAGUUGCCUUGAAACAUAAUCCAACUUGUUUCAGCGGACACCAAAGCAGUGGCUUUUGGAGAAACAAAUUGGACGGGUUGGACGGGUUGGACACAAACACGUACACCAUGAAGAAUUGGUCCAACAAGUCCCAAGCAAAUUAAAGUUGUCUUUCAUAGUGGAAUAUCCUGUCAUCGAUAAAGAAUUUCUGGGAUGGAAUUUCUGGGUGUGACUAUCGGCCAUUGUAAAGCAGACAAAUCUCAUACAACCAAAUAGGACUUUAUUCAUACAAUCCGUUUUCUUUCCUGUCGCUAUUCUUGAUUUGGCGGGAGGCAGAAGGGAAGAAAAGCGAGUCACCGGAAUUCAAGAAGCUUGGGAAGAGAUCCCGACAAACAGAGAAACAGGAAAGCUUCGACAAGGUCGAAAGAGCAAAUUUCUGGCUUCUGAGUUGAACCUCCAACAACGUUUUCGCUUGUCCAAGUCCAACCGAUUAACAGCAGCAUGGUCACUGGGAUAUGGCAUUCUGUUGGUUGGAUCACUCUUCAUUAUCUCAGUGGCCAUGUCUCUCAUCAAAGGAUGCAUCUUCAAGCAAUCCACUCCAUCAUUCACAACACGAUCCAGUAAACAAGCCUUCUCGAGUGCUUUGAGUAUGAGGAUAGAGCAAUGCAAGAAGCUGGUCUUCCACCUUUCAUUUCUCAAGCCAUAAAAACUGCUUUUCAUUACCUCAAAAACCGCAUCAUCUGGUCGUUCUUCCAUCUCUGCCAAUGCAUCUCUCCACUGGCGAAUGUCAUUAGCCCCUAUCAUGCUUCUCGCCUUAGCGAUGAUCCCAAGAGGCAAACCUCCGUACUUUUCUGAAAUAGACCUGGAAAUCUCUUGGACAUCCGGUAGGAGCUCUUGGUCCCUACUACGAAGUUUCUCCAUAAACAGCAUCCGACCUUCAUCAGCAGAAAGAGAGGAAUUCCUAUCGUUCCGACAUCAAUAGGCGUCAAUAAACCGUCGAGUAUGAUCACAAACUUGUUCUUCCUCUCUAAUGCCGAGGCUAAUUUGGCUGCCCUCCUAUCAUCACCGGCAUCCAUAUUUGGGAGAUCGAGAUGCAAGACUGUCGCCAAGUCGUCCUGCAAUUUGGAGACUUCAGAAUUAGCAUCACUGAACCAAUAUACAUGCUUCAAAAAUUUGUCUUCUUUUAAUAGCUCGUUAUGGAUAUGACUUGCUACAGCCGUCUUGCCUACUCCAGGCAUACCAUAGAUUCCAAUGCAUGAAACCUUGUCAUCCAUUAACAAAGCCCGUGUGUCUGUCAAA